AAAGACAGCUGCGCGUGAACAGCAGUUGGAAAGUGCGCGAGGAACAUCAGAUAUUCCAACUGACAACAACAAACGACAUUCUCAUUAACAUAUUUAUUACUUUACAAAUUUAGACAUAUUUCGUUGUAUUUAACACAUAACUGGCGUCGUAAUGAGUCUGAUACUAGAGUCAUCAUUCAGCAUUGAAGAUAUUAUAAAGACACCAAAAAGCCCAGGCAAGCGAACAGAACCGAGACCAGUGGAGCUGUUAAUCAAACUCAGGAAUCUGCAACAAGCCAAGAAAAGCCUUGAAGAUGAGGUGAAGGAAACCAAACUCUUCAUAUGUGCUAGAAAGGAGGAGGAAGAUACCUUAACUGCUGAAGCCUUACAGUUAGAGGGAACAUUAAAUGAAAAGGAAGAGUUAAAUAGAUCUAUGCAGCUCAAAUGUGAGGACAUCCAACUAGAGGCACAAAGGCAGCUUGAGCAGAACCAUCAGAAAGAGGAACUGGUAAAGCAGUACUGCUUUCAGAUCCAGGAGACGAAACUAAAGCACAGAAAGAUUCGAAUGAAGUUUGAGAAUCAGCUUCAGCAGUUAACGGAGCAGCAUAAAAACCUGUCUACUGUCUUUACUCCGGAAAGACUUCCAGCCGAAAUACAGUCUGCUGAAUACACCACUGAGCAGCUGCUGAAGGCUGAGCAACAGAAGCGGGAGCAGUUGACCAAGCUGCUGGACGGGUUAAGCCACACCCAGCAUGCAGAGAUGCACAUGGACACUUAUGAAAAAGCACCAUGAAUGUCUCACACAUUUCGCAAACUUGAGUUGAGUCCCUAUUGUAUUCCAACAAA